GUGUAGGGUGUAAUUUUCUCCCACAGGCGGUCCGUGAGAGCGAUAUAUCUGGUUGUAAAUCUCGCGGGAAAGAACGAGAGGCCGGGGCUCGGCCUCGACGGGCCACAUGACUUCAUCGCCGGAUCACCCCGAUCUCCCGCGUCGCUCUCCGACCAUUCGAUUGGAUAGCUCUCCUCAGGGACACAAAUUAAGCAAGUCCAUGGCCCCCUUCUUCGACUCUUCCAAGCCACAGAGGUCGAAUCCCGGACAUCCGUUCGAGGAAAUGCCCUAAAGGAGCAGGCUUUGGCCUUGGUCUCACAGAUCGAGGAGUUCUUUUGUGCAGAAGAUGUUAAUUUGAAUGCCAAGCUUGAUGACGAUGCUGCCAGUCUGCUCCGCCGUACCGAGCUGUUGUUCUAAUUCCCAGAUAUCUCUGUGUGUAGGCAACAGGGCUUUUUACCCACUGCAGAAAGUUCUAGAGGGUGUUGCUCGAGAUAUAUCCUUCAGAAGACAUGCUUCUAAAUGUGUACAUUCACUAGUUGUAGAAAAGCCUUGUCAGUCGGGCUCCUUGGAUUCCUCCAUAUUCUCUCCCUACCCAAAUGAAUUUGAUGAUAUAGUACGGGGAUUUUCAAAAGAAUAUUUUGAAAGUGAGUCCGAGAACUGGUGUUACUCAACAAGAGAGAUAAGUGGAUUAUAUCUGACUGCUGAGGACCUAAAAGAUGUUGAGAUUUCAAAAUUAUCAGGGCCCUCUGUGCUGCCUGAUGAACUUGGCAAUGAUGUUGCAGAUGAGGUAAGCAGUGACAGUGUUCCAGCAGAAACAAUGGUAUCACCAGAUAUAGAACAACCACAAGAUAUAGCCCAAAAUGCUAUGACAAGUACUAUUACUGACAGUCCAGCACCAGUUUCCAACACAUUCAAGGUGGCUAAUGAGGGAUUCCUGAAUCUGAAGGAAAGUAUUGAUAAUUUUAUAUCUGGAAUUACUGAAUCUAUAAACACAUCAAUAGGUGAAGUGGAAGGUGCUGCAAAAAACUCAUAUGGUGCUUUUACUUUAUCGGUUUCAGAUACAAUCAAAAGCGUGACAAAAUCAUUUGACAGUAUGGCCACUGGCUUAUUUUCUUCAGUUGCUAACUCCAAAGAACAGGCUAGUAGUGAAUUGACAGGCUACUCAAGUGCACUUAAGGAAAAUGUGUAUAGAACAGGCACUUUGGCUGUUGACAUAUUGAGACGGACGAUUAUAACUUCGGAGGAUACUUUAGCAAAUGCAGCAACAUUUGUUGUUUAUUCUUAUGCAUCAGCAAAGUCAUUACUUCCGCCAGAUGUUAGGGAUGUACUAGAAUUAUCUGAGGAGAAAGCUGUACAGAUUCUGAGUCCUGUUGGUGCUGCUUUCCAAAAGGUAUACAUCAUUGUUGAAGGAUUUGAAAAAAAUAUUGGUCUGGAUCUCAAUGAUCCCAUAGUGCCAUUCAUACUUUUACUUGGAACUUCAGCCACAAUAGGAAUAUCUUACUGGUUAUUAAAGUAUGGUGGGUACUCUGGUGAUUUGGCUCCUGAAAUAACUUUGGAGAUGCUGAAAAAGGAAGAGAAUGUUGUACUUAUUGAUGUCCGGCCCGAGGAUCUCAGGGAGAGAGAUGGUGUUCCUGAUCUUCGACGGACAGCCAGGGCUAAAUAUGCAAGCGUGACCCUCCCUGAGAUUGAUGGUUCAAUAAAGAAACUGCUAAAGGCGGGCAGAGGGAUUGAUGAUGCCUUGACUGCAGUUGUCAUCUGCAACUUGAAAAUUGUUAAAGAUCAGUCAAAGGUCAUCAUUAUGGAUGCUAAUGGUGGUCGGUCUAAAGCCAUUGCAAGAUCCUUGAGAACACUUGGGGUGAAGAAACCUUACAUGGUUCAAGGUGGCUUCCAAUCAUGGAUGAAGAAGGGUCUCCGUAUUAAAGAGCUCAAAUCUGAGACCCCACUGACUGUAUUAAAUGAGGAAGCUGAGGCAAUCCUUGAGGAUAUUAAACCUACAUCGACACUUGUAGUUGGUUAUGGUCUGGGAAUUUCUGUGGCUAUCUAUGCUUUACUAGAAUGGGAGAAGACACUGCAGAUCAUUGGUCUUAUUGGCCUUGGACAGAUACUUAAGAGUACCAACAAGAGAGAAAGUCAACCAUCAGCAGCAAGCUUUAUUGCAAUUAUAUAGGGCAAGGUUUGUCUGUCUUUAGGCCCUCAUUUCUACUAAGGGCUACUUUUCCUGUCAAUGCAAGCAUUCUCAGAUAUUUUGAUACAACAUUCAUCAAGUUUAUGCUGGGUCUUCUCAUUUUUCCUGACUUUUGGACACAAAUCAGAUACCCUCUACUUGUGCCUCCAGAUAUUUUUAUUGCAUUCUCACACCAAAUAAGUUGUUUCUCUAACAUAUAACCUUAAGUUUAGCAGAAGCUAAAUUCAUUGAAGUUCGUGUAGUCAUAAUGCUUGUGAUCUUGUUUUAAUUAUCAGUACACCAUGUUCUUAUUUGUUUGCUUUAUUCUGCUUGGACCCAUUUUAUUGCCUAGAAUUUGAUAUGGUCAACACAUGACUACUACCUCUGAGAUUUCCUUUGAGAGGGGAAGGGAUGCGGUCAUAACAGCACUUUAUUAAGCCAUCUAUAAUUCCACCAUAUUUCUUACUGUGAAAAAAAGAGAGUUUUUUUGGUGAUAUAUAAAAUACUGAAUCAUUGAGUAGAAACGAAAAGCCUGGUAAUAUUUAUGGAUCACUAAAAGUCACUUACAAUAGUGUGGUUGUAAUACAUAAGGGGAGAUCAGGGAUUGCUUUCAAACUGCAUCAUUCUCUUCUUAGAUUUCCUACCUUAUGCAAGGUUGUUAACUCACCCUGCUUACAUGUUGUCCAGUAUUUUUUUGGAUAUGGACUUCUAGGAACUGGAGAAUAUGCACCCCAAAAUUUCACCCAAAACUCCUAAAAGUUAGUGCCCUCUAAGAUGCUCUGUUUCUGCAUUUUAUGACUUAAGUAAAGCUACAGUCUGAUGAAAGUGUCAUUUUUUAAUCUCAUUUUAUUCUUUUCACCUCAUGCCUGAAGGCAUGCCUCUUCAAUGCCUUCAGUCUCUGUGGCAAGGCUUUACAGUGUGAACUAUAUCACAUUACAUUAAGAGAUCCAUGUAAGUAGUGCCUUACAUGGAGGCAUACAACUUAUCAUGUUGUUUGUGCAUUUAGAUGACAAUCCUAGAUGUGUUAAGGUGUUACCAUUUACUAACCAUUAAGGUUUGCGCAUGCUGCUUGUGUGGAACAUGUGACAGAUUCCAAAUUUCAUAGUCAGUCGAAACACCAAUGUUGCUUGCUUUCACAUUAUUUUGUUGACAUUUCUAAACCAUUUAGGAAACUCGACAUGGUUUGUCUUUGAAUCUUGAGGCUUAUGCCUUGCCCAAUUGAGAAUUUGAAAAUCAUGCUUUAUGCAUCUGCCUCUUAAGCAUUUAGUAGGCUGUUCUAUCACCAACACUUGUCUGAACUUUAAAAUUAGCAUGUAUGACUAUUCUAUUUAUCAGAGUCAAAUAAAUAUGUGGUGAGACCAAGGUUUUCAAAUACUGCCAGAACGGGACAGCACAAAUGGUAUCAUACUGUUUUGGCAGGUUUCUGGUACCGGUACAUUGUGUAUAGGUACCAGUGCAGGCCUGUACCAUGUGUUGGUACCCGAUACAGUAUUGUUCGGGCAAAAAACUGGUAUGAGGUCUAGUACGGAUAUUUGAAAUGUUGGGGUAAGACUAUUUGGUCCUUGAGAGUUGUAUCUGAAUUUUAGUUACCUUACAUCAUUGUAUAACUCUAGGCAUCAAAUCUGCUAGUAUAUUGCCAACCGAUGGAGGUGCAACAUCCAUACCUAUUGACAUCAUGUCUCUUAUCAAAAUAAUUUAGUGAUCAUUUCCUUUUACUUCUUGUCAUUUAUUAAGAUGUAUCUUUUCUACUUAUUU